GCACGAUCAUCGUCGCCAGGGACAUCGCCCAUGCGCGGAUGAACGACUUGAUGCAGUCGGGCAAGGGCUUGCCCGACUACAUCCCGGGGGGGGUGUCGCCGGGCUUGCGGGUCCCGCGGCCCCUGGGAGCUCGCAUCGCGGACCACCGCCCCCGGCGCAUCAAGAAGUACCCCGUGUAUUACGCCGGGCCCGCCAAGACGCCAGCCGGCAAGCCCUCGGGGGCCUUCGGCCCGACCACCUCGGGGCGCAUGGACCCGUACGACGGGCUCAUAGGCGGCGCCAGAUCGCGCGGCUGCGAGUCUGCAGCAGGGGCGGUCGUGUGCCGCGCGUGCGCGGAUGCCCUGCGAGUGGGCCCUUUCCAGGAGAAGGGGGGGUCCAUGAUCAUGAUCGGGAAGGGCAACCGCUCCGCGGCGGUCACGCAGGCCUGCAAAAAGCACGGCGGCUUCUACCUUGGUUCCAUCGGCGGGGUGGCAGCCACGCUCGCCGACUCCAGCAUCAAGAAGGUCGAGGUCCUGGACAUGGAAGAACUGGGCAUGGAGGCCGUAUGGAAGAUUGAGGUCGAGGGCUUUCCUGCCUUCAUGGUGGUCGACGAUAAGGGCAACGACUUCUUCAAGAAGUGGAGCAAGGACGCCGCAAAAGAGCCCGAGGCGGACUCCUCGUUCGACGAGGUGAGGGACAUCUUCCAUGGCCUGGACCAGGACAAGUCGGGUAAGAUCUCCUUCGUGGAGCUCAGGGACGGCCUGGGAGUGUCGGACGAGAAGGCUUUGGAUCUGAUGUCACGGUUUGACGUGGAUAGGGACGGGACAUUGGAUGCGGAGGAGGUCGAGUUCAUGCUCCGCAAGGACGAAUCCGUCCGCGCCAUGCUGCAUAAAUAG